GGCUCAAGCACUAACAACAGACCAAAUUCCACAGAGUUCAGGAUGCCGAGCACCAUGCAAUGACGGAGGGCGCGUGCUCCUCGGAGGAGGAAUGUUGGGAGUACCUAGAUCCCCAAUCCGUCAAGCGCGGCCCCUUCUCCCGCAAUCGGAUGCUCGUUUGGUACGAACACUCGCUGCUCCCGCAGGAGCUGAAAGUACGCUAUGAGGCGCGCAUGCCCUUUAUACCCAUCCGGGAGCUUUUCCAUCCGCCGCUGAAGCCCUUCAAGUCAAGGCCAAGACUGGCGCCCAAUGAGCCAGCACAGCCGUCGAUCCAAGACAGCAAGUGGCAGUACUUAGACACCAAGGGCAAUGUGCAGGGACCGUUCUCAUCCCAGCAGAUGGCCUUGUGGUAUGAGCACCGCAUGCUACCGAAGACGCUGCAAUUGCGACGGACCACGGAAACGGACUACCGUACCAUUGCAGAGUACUUCCCUCCGCCCUUGGAGGCCUUCAAGUCGCAGCCAGCGAAGCCCGGCCUGGCCCGGCUGGAUCUGCUCUUUGCCAACGCUGCGGCAGCCAACGCAACUGCAGCCGCAGCUGCGGCCCAGGUCCAGGCUUCGCAGGUCAAGAAAGGGGAGAAGGGCAAGGGCAAGCGAGAAGACGGCGCGGGCGGUGAGGCCAAGAAGGGCCGGGGCAAGGCCAAAGAGAAGGAGGCCAACGGCUGGAGCUGGUCACCGGAGCAUGGCUGGAGUUGCAACGACAAGUCGUGGUGGGAGUGGUCCUCCUGGAACGGCUGGGAAGAGACCUGGGAGAAUGGCAAAAGCGACUGGAAGUGCGCGGAGGGCAACAAGGAGAAAGGUGAGAAGGGUGUGACCGCCGUUCAGGCAGCCUUCGGCAGCUUGAAGUGGGGCCCGCCUUUCAAGGAUGCGGACCUCUUCCCAGAGGAUGCCAUCCGCCGAGUGCUGGAUGAGGGCAUUGUGUGGGAGGAGCGAUGGAUCUCGCCGCUGGCCGUGCGCUUCUCGCAGGGCAAGAUCCAUCCGUUCUUCCACGAGCGCGGCCCGAUCUCGGAGGUGAUGCUUCAGAUCAAGCUGAAGGAUGGCAAACGAAAGCGCAUUGAUCCACCCUUUCCUCCAAUCCGGCUUUUGCACCUCAAAGAGCAGGGCGUGCUUGUGACCCUGGACAAUCGCCGCCUCUACGCACUUCAGCGCUUCGCGCUCCAGGAGUGGCCGAGCCCCUGCCUGGUGAAAGCACUGUGCGUAGACGAGCUCACACCUACCAGGCUACGGGCGGAGAAUCGGAAGUUCACCAACCGCCUUUGUGGGCUGCAGCUGGAGGUAGAGAGCCGCAGCAAUGCUUUCGACACCUUCAGUUGGGUCACAGAGGCUGCCCACACAGAGGGUCCCCGCUUUUUCCGGCCUGUGGCACUUCGAGCUUACGACAAAGCAGUGUCUCUUCUACCAGCCCUUGUCGUGCACGCUCUUCUGUGCCGCAAGCUCCGGCCGUACCUGCAGUCCAGGUGGCUGCUCCUCCAAUUCCUAGCCGUGCUUUUGCCCAACCCGCAGCAGCGCGAGUUUGCGUGCAAGAGGGUGCUCCUCCAGCACAUCUUGGAGCUGUCCAAGCCAACCAGCGAGGUGAUUAGAUGUCCCCGAACAUGCGUCGGGUACAAGACUGAAACUGUCGUGUCUUUGGGCAAAGGCCGCAGCAACGUCUCCUCGAAGCUCUCCGUAGAGCGGCCGCUGAAGCUACUGCAGGCGCCUGGGCCCCUUUCAGAUGUGCAACGGAGAGUGCUCGCCGCACUCCUGCCGAUGUGUUGCCUGCCCUAUGCGCGGACCGUCCUGCGCGGCGCCACGCGGGACUGGGUGCUCGGGCUGCUCCUGGCCUGGGGCAAGGUCGCAGCCUCGUCCCUCGAGUUGCAGCUGCCGUAGGCACCGAAGUGGCUGAGCCUGGCAUCCGAGCUUUGGGAUGAUCCACGAGUUCUCCGAUU